CACUGGCUCACACCAAUUCUUGCCGGGAUUUGGAUUCUACACGUGCACUGCAAGCGUAAACACAUUAUGGGCAGCACUCGGUUUUUCCUGGCGGAUCUACCGACCAGGACCUCGGAGGCGGACCUGCAGAACUUGUUCCAGGACUACGGCUACGUGGAGCACGUGGAUCUAAAGCGCAAGGAGCAGGAUGGGGACACCAAGGUGAUUGCUUUUGUCACCGUGCAGACGGAUGAUGCCCAGUACUGUGUCAACGAGCUCAACUGGCAGAAGUUGCACGGCGAAAAGCUACGAGUUUCUCUGGCCAAGGAAUCGUUUUUGGACCGACUGAAGCGCGAGCGCGAAGAGAACCAGCGCCGGGAACAGGGCGAGCCAGACGAGUCCGAGGUGUUCACGCCGAGCUCUCAGCUCCUGGUGCAGAGCGGCCAGAACAAGCGCAGGGUAUUCGGAGAGGAUGAGGAGAUCGGCGAUGACGAGGUUGCUCCAGAGUUGCUGAUCACCAAGAAGCGCGCCGCCAAUUCCAUGCACAAUGGCAGGAUUGUCAUACAGCAGGAGCACGACGUGAAGCCACUCCACGUCAUCGAGCAGCACCGCAAGCCAGCCAAACAGCAGCCGGACGCCAAUGUCAGCCAGGCAGAGCAGAAGCGCAAGGAGUCGCUUAACAAGAUGCGCCAGGGGCACCUACAAAAGAAGUCCGCUAUCCAGCAGGCGCUGAACGCGAUAUCAGUCGAUGGCAGCCAGGCAAAAAGGAUCAAAUUCAGCGACGCCGAGGAGGAGGAGGAGAAGGCCAAGCCCGUCCAGAAAACCAAAGUACAAAAACGGGAUCUGUUCGAAAACGACGACGAUGAGGAAGAGGAGCAGGUCGUCCUGCCGCAACAUAAGGGCAAGAAGGGCGAGCGUCUGGUGGAGAUGCAGAGCAAACAGAGUAUAGAUCCCCGCUUUCGCAUCACAUCCAACUUUGUGGACGAGGAGGAAGAGGCGGAGCAGGAAGAUCAGCCUGAGCCGGAGGAGAGUGAGCGCAAGUGGCAGAUGAACAUUCUGGAGCAGGUUGUAGGACACAAGAUCACCAGUUCCAACGAUAAUGACGGUAAGCCGGCAAAGAACAAAAAGAUGCUGCGCUUCGAUCCGGCCAAGGAGGACCAUCAGAAGCUAAUGCGCCAAAAGCAGCCCAAGGAGGAGGCGACUCCCAAGACCAAAGUCAAGGUCGCGGAUGAGAGCAACAGUGAAGCUGCACCUGUCUCGAAAACGUCCUUUUACAUUGUCACCGACACGUUAAAGGAUUCGCUCAACACGCGAGGUGAGGGAUUCAGCCUGUUGGACAUGUUUGGCAGCGCCCCGGAGGAGGAGGUGGCCAAGCGCCAGGACCAGUUGGAGAAAUUGGGCCAGGAGAAGAUACUGGUGGGCAAGACAUCUGCCAAUAAGCUCGGACUGGCCACUCUCAAUCCGUUCUCCUACGACUCGUCCGACAGCGAGGACGAGGUCGAAGCAAAGCCAAAAGACGCGGAGCAGGAGCUUGAGGUCAGCAAGGAGAACAAGGCGCAGCCAGCGAAGAAGUCCAGUCAAAAGAAGAACAAAAUCAAAUUGGAGUCCUUCUUCAUACCCAGAAACGAUCCUCGUCUCAAGGAGGGAGCCAAGUUCUUCAAGUCCACGAAGGCGGAGGUUGACCAUGCCGACUACGACCAAGUGAGGAACCGGCUGAAGUUGCUGAUCACGAACAAGAUCGCCAAGACAAAGAAAAACCUGCCCAGCAAGGACAUCAAACUGCAACGGAAUAAGAAGGCGAAAAACUAAUCGCUUAUGCUGAUCCCUAGGUUAAAUAAUAUCCUUAGAUUUAAGCUUAAUCCUGUGUAAAAUAAACCACUUGUUUUUUUUUAAA